AUGCGUUUUGAGUGCAUGGCUGUCCUGGGCAGGGAGCGUUUUCGCUCCAUCUCGCUCUCAUUCAGAGGGCAUUGUGGCAUUGCCCAGUCUGCAGCUGUGCUGAGUGGCAGUCUGCUGGCCCUCCUGGGCUCUUCGGCGCUGCGGAACGCAGUGCUGCAGAUGGUGAGCUGCGCAAGCUCCCUCGCGCUCUGGCGCGCGGUCUGGUCGCAGGCGAUUCCUCGCCCUCAACCCCCGAGCUUCGCCCGCAUGCCGACCAGGCUGGAUGCGGAGCGCCUGGCCCGUUGUGGUCUUGACCUGCGCUGCUACUAG